GGAGAACACCACUUCGCCCAGUUCGCAGCAGCAGCAGCCGCCCCUUCCAGCGUCCAUCGGGCCAUCCACCGCUCCCCUCUUCAUCUGCGCCUCGCCGCCGGCCGCCGCUUCCUUCCCCGCGACACAAUCGCGCCCAACGCGGCAGCGCCCGGCUAGCUCCUCGUCGCGCCCCCCGCCAAAUGGGCGCCCGCGGCCGCGACCUCACCGCUCUCCUCGCCAUCCGCCGCAGCGGCAGCCGCCUGUUCAAGCGGUAGGCCCGCCUCCUGCGCCUCGAGGUGGCCGACGGGUGGGGACAGGGGACGAGGGGAGGUGGGGGGAAGAACUUGGAUCGCAACCACCACCACCACCACCACCACCAGCAGCCAUGUUGGGGUCGGGGCUCAACCUGGUCAGCGCGGCGCUUGGCUUCGGCAUGACCGCAGCCUUCGUCGCGUUCGUCUGCGCGAGGUUCGCCUGCUGCCGCGCCCGCGGCGAUGACUCCGGACCACCGCCGUCGCUGGACUUCUCCGCGGAUCUCGACGGCCCGCUAGAGCAUCCACAUUCUGGGUUGGAACCUUUGGUUAUUGCUGCAAUUCCUACUAUGAAGUAUAAUUGUGAGGCCUUUUGUUCCAAAGAUGAUGCUCAGUGCUCCAUAUGUUUAAGUGAAUACAAGGAGAAAGACAUUCUUAGAAUCAUACCGACAUGUCACCACAACUUUCACCUUGCCUGCUUAGAUUUAUGGUUGCAGAAGCAGACAACUUGCCCAAUAUGUCGGGUCUCACUGAACGAGCUGCAGGCUGCCAUGUCAUCUGCAUGUAGCAUCCAGCAACUCCCCACCGUCCCAGAGAAUUCUGUUAACUCAACACCUCAGUGCCUCCUACCUGUUUGUCAAGAUCAGAGGGGUCAAAGCAAUAGCCAGGAGAGGAACGAAUCAGUAGAAGUGGUUAUUGAAAUUCGACGAUGAGUUGAACAUAGACAUGACUGUAGGAGCGAAGUGAUGGAGGCUACCAGCAUGUUCUGUAGGGCUUUUGAUAAUCUUGUCCACCGCAACAUCAUGAUGUUUGAUCUCGGAAUUCAGAUGAACCAUCUUUACUACAUUUCAUUUGGUAGGUCGGAAUGUUGUACUGAGACAUCCGGGGCCUUUUAAGUUCAUUUUGAUGUGAUACCGAAUUUUAUUUAGUGCCAGUAACUCAUUAUCAAUACCGAAUUUUAUUUAGUGUCA